AGCAAUUAUGCCUAAGAAUCAGAGUCUGCGAAAGCGGGACGCGGUGCGGGCUCUGAUGAAGAUGAUCCACGAUCGGCAGCUGUGCGUCUCCGUAACUGAGUUGCAUAUUAUGCGAAGCCUGCGGCCGCCGAGCCGAGUGGCGGAUUUGGCCUCUCGGUGGUGCAGCCUGAUAAGAUCGUGGGACGCUUUCGCCGGUCCUCAUUCACAGCCACGUCUUCUCGGCCUUGCCAUUCGGGCGAGAGAUAUUUCUAGCAUCAGGGGUCAUUGUUUGAAGCGGUUGGGACGCUAUUAUGCGCGAUGGUGUGAUGUAAACCUGCGACAGUGCGACUCAAAACAGUCGUGCAGUAGUCCAGCCUACGAGCUAGAGGUUCCUCCAGAGGACGUCGUUCCCGAACUGCAAUCCUCGGAGUCGAACGUUGGAGCUUCGGAAUUAGCAGUUGUUGAUGAAUCUACUCCGAGGAGAGUAUUGGAUGGAGAACGCAAUGAUGGUUCCGCUUUACCUGACGAACAGACUUCGGAUCGAGCCGCCACUUCGAGGAUUAUCACUAGUCUACAUUUCCCCACCUACUACAGGAAUAUAUUUGACCAAUUCAAGAAACUGGAUAAGGCUCUUUCGCAGUUCCGAAAACGUAAACGAACACCCUUUUACUUACUGCUCAGGGCUAAAAUUGAGCGAGAGACCAGAAAAAAAUUCUCAAAGUGCCGAUUGCUCCAAGUCAUCUUCGCAGCUGAUGGACUUCUUGAACUCGAGUGGAUAGAAGAAAAAUGCAU